GGACCAAAGAGUCUGUUUCUGUGCUGUACAUCUCUAUGUCUCUAUGACUCUAAUAAAUUAAAAUUAAGAUGGGUUUCUGUUUUGUGGAUGUAGCAGCAAGUCAGAUAAUUCUCCUUGGAGCUGAGAAAUUUAAGCACUGAUUUAGUCCAGGUGCAGAUUUGUUCCAGAAUAUUUAAUUUGCAGAGAUAGAGAAAAAUUCUCAGUAUUUUCACAAUUUUUAGUAACCACUGUCAGGUAAUUGGCAAAUAAUUCAGGGUGAAAAUGUAAAGAUUAUUUUACUCAGUAAGUUCUGAGCAUCAGAAACAGUCUGAACAGCAGCUGGAUACAGAUUCAGCAGUUAUUGUCAAGAGAUUUGGAUGAGGAGCGAACUGGAGGCUGGAACGAUGUGGGAUAGUUGUUGGACUAGGGCCUGGUGGCAUGGGCUGAGCUGCUGCUAUUUGGUACUCUUAUCAGGCUGUAAUGUAAAUUGUUAUCUUUUAAUCCCCUUUUGUAUAACAACACUUUUUUUUUCUCUGAAAGAUUUGUGCCUAGGACGGCGCCAUUAAAAGGCAGCCAUUGUAAAAUCUUUUCACUGUAUUUAUGUACUGGAGUAUAAGUGACAAUAAAGAUAUUAUAUUCUACCUAACUUCUUAAGGAAAUAUUUGGAGAGCUGUGGGCAAAUGGCAGGGGAGUUUGGACAGAUUUCCAGUAUCUCUGGAGGAAGAGAGUACAGCCCCAGUGGUCUGAAUAAUUACCAACCCCUGUGCUCUGUGAUACUGCACCAUUUACUGUGAAUGAUGAAGUGCAUCCUAGGACAGAGAGAGGGAGGGUCCCGCCACCCACUUCACAAUGAGUCCGGCUGAUUGACGGCAGGUCACCGACCAAUAGGAGGGGAGCGGGCGGGGCUGGCGGACCAAGCAGAAGCGCCUGAUCCUCCAACCAAUGGAGUUAACGAGGGGCGGGUCCAGCAGGACAACAUGUGAUCAUUAACUCUGCCAGCGCAAUGACGGAUGACUAGUGUCUCCAGUGAGUGUGGAAGGAGGAGACAAGUAAGGUUGUUUUGCAAUGAGAGAUUUCAAACGAAACCACAUCCAGAUCUGACAGUCACUCUGUUGUAAUAACCUAAAUUAUCUCAGGAUCUUGAACAUUGAAAGGAAAAGCACCAUUCACACCGCGGAGAAACGCGUAUUGUCGGUGUGUGGAAUCAUCUGUGGAUCUUGAUCCGAAAUGUCUAAACGCCAGCGCAGUCACACUGGGGAGAGACUGUGGAAAUGUGGUGAUUGUGGGAAGGGAUUUCUUUCCCCAUCCCAGUUGGAAAUGCACCAACGCAGUCACACUGGGGAGAGACCAUUCACCUGCUCUUAUUGUGGGAUGGGAUUCACUCGGUCAUCCCACCUGCAGAGACACCAGCGAGUUCACACUGGGGAGAGACCAUUCACCUGCUCCCAGUGUGGGAUGGGAUUCACUCGGUCAUCCAACCUACAAAGACACCAGCGAGUUCACACUGGGGAGAAACCAUUCACCUGUCCCCAGUGUGGGAAAGGAUUCAGUCAGUCAUCCAACCUGCUGAAACACCAGCGAGUUCACACGGGGGAGAGACCAUUCACUUGCUCCCUGUGUGGGAUGAGAUUUACUCAGUCAUCCAACCUGCAGAUACACCAGCGAGUCCACACUGGGGAGAGACCAUUCACUUGCUCCCUGUGUGGGAUGGGAUUCACUCAGUCAUCCAGCCUGCAGAUACACCAACGCAGUCACACUGGGGAGAGACCAUUCACCUGUUCUGAAUGUGGGAAAGGAUUUGCUCAGUCAUCCAAACUUCAGAUACACCAGCGAGUUCACACUGGGGAGAGACCAUUUACCUGUUCUGAAUGUGGGUCAGGAUUCGCGCAAUCAUACAAUCUGCAGAUACACCAGCGAGUUCACACUGGGGAGAGACCAUUCACCUGUUCUGAAUGUGGGAAAGGGUUCGCUCAGUCAUCCAACCUGCUGAUACACCAGCAAGUCCACACUGGGGAAAGACCAUUCACCUGCUCUGUGUGUGGGAUGGGAUUCACUCAGUCAUCCCACCUGAGGAUACACCAACGAGUUCACACUGGGGAGAGACCAUUCACCUGCUCUGAAUGUGGAAAAGGAUUCAUUCGCUCAUCUAAACUGUUGGAACACCAGCGAAUUCACACUGGGGAGAAACCAUUCACCUGCUCUGAUUGUGGCAAAGGAUUUGCUCACUCAUCUCACCUGCGGAGACACCAGCAAGUUCACACUCGGAAGAAACAUCCACUCAGUCAACUCACCUCCUGAUACAUCAGCGUGUUCACUCUGGGCAGAGACCAUUCAUUUGUUCCGUACUUUAUGCGGGAAGGGAUUCACUCUAUUGUCCAACCUGUUAACACACCAGUGAAAUGACACUGGGUGGAUCCUGUUCACCAGCUCUGAGUAAAAGGAUUUGCUGUUUCCUAACACACCAGCAAAUUUACGAAUAACCGCAGGUGAAGAGUUUUGCUUUUACUUAACACGAAGGAAUGAAGUUUGGUCAUGAGGCCAUUUGUAUUGAUGUUAUUAAAAUGUGCUCUAUUAAAAGGUGCUGAUAUUGCAGAUAAAAUGUUGAUAAAUUGUGUAUGUGUAUAGUACAUUUUUUUAAAAAUCAGUGUUGCUGUACAUCAACACAUUUACACUGGCUAAAGAUUGUCCACCUGUAUAUUGUUUGUGAAGUGAUUUUGUGGUUCAUCAGGACUAUUCAAAAAGCAAUGAGUUGCCCAGUAACUGUCAGUGUUGGAUUUUGAUGCUGUUGUUGUCUAUAUCCAAACCACAUGUUCUGGACCUGUUUCUGAUGUUUGUAAACGCCCAGGUUCAGUGACCUAUUUGGGAUAAUAAUACAAAUCAGAUUUUUGUUAAAACUAA